AUGAAUAAGUUAGUAGGUUCUAUUUGUUUAUUUGUGAUUUUGGCUGUUAGUCUCAAUGAAGUAGCAGCAAAACCCCAACACCCUGCUGUCGGAAUUAUAAAUGGAACUACCGCAGAAGAUAGAGAAUUCCCAUACAUUGUUCAAUUACAUGAUGAUUUCAAUUAUUUCUAUUGUGGUGGAUCAAUUAUAGGCGACAGAUGGAUUUUGACGGCUGGCAAUUGUGUUUGGAAUAGUCAAUUCGAUCAUGGCGGAAGUAUCCUCUUGGGAACUAAUGUCUUGGGUGGAGGAAAUGGCACCAAAAUUGAAAUCAUAAAUAAAUAUUGGCAUCCACAAUUCAACUAUAACCGGACUACUGCAGGAGAUAUCCCAUAUUUUGAUGUUGGAAUUAUGGAGCUUGAAAAACCUAUUACAUUCGAUUCCAAAGCCCAACCAAUCAAAUUGGCUGAUUCUGAUGCUGACCAUUCCACAAAAAUGGGAAUCUAUGUGGAUGGGGUACAAACGAAACCUAUGGAGAAGAUAUGCCACUUUUACAAAAAGUCAGUUUGCCACUUUUAACCGAUAGUGAAUGCAGGAAAGGAAUUGCCGACUUCGGUCGUGGGGAUGUCUUCAAUAGUUUCCAUAAUUUGUGUACUGAUCAACACUACAACGGAGCAUGCUACGGUGAUUCUGGAAGUCCUUUUGUCAUUGAUGGAAUCCAAUAUGGUAUUGUUUCUUGGGGUCUGUCACCUUGCGGCGCCGCUCCAGGAAUCUUGUCUCGUAUUUCUACACCUUCCUAUCGUGAAUUUAUCAGAAAUGUGACUGGCAUUUAA